AUGGCUUCGAUGUUCAUUCGUUUCCCAAUACGACGUUUUAUCGCAUUUCUUGCAUGUGCAGUUCUAUUAUAUAUGGUGAUCGGUAAAACACUUAUGCCUUCAAGGUCACCUGAUUUGGAUAGGUCUGCCGUAGAAGAACUGAAUGAUACUGAAAAGUCGAGUGUUGUGGCAAGACAAGUUGGUGAAAAUGCAUUAGUAUCUGAGCUGAACAAAGCAGAUAGACUGGAGUCGAGGCGAAGAAAGCAGGCAUCAAAAAUGAACACAACAAUUUGUGUGGACAUAGAUGAAAAUCCGAAUUUGAUCGGGAAGUUACCUCAAGCAACGCUGUUGAUAACGAACUUGAAAGAGGCUGAAGUGAAGAAUCACUAUCCGUCUCUUGGUGCUGGAGGAAGUUGGAAACCUGAGGAUUGUUUGGCAAGGUAUAAGGUGGCGAUAAUAAUUCCAUUUCGUGAUCGUCAAACGCAUUUGACACGUCUCAUCGACUUUCUCGUUCCUUUACUGCAACGACAAUUGCUUGACUUUCGAUUCAUUGUCACAGAACAAUACGGAAAUGACUUAUUCAAUAAGGGUCGUAUAAUGAACGCAGCAUUUCGAUUAGCCGAAAUGAUGGCGGUGGAUUGUGUGAUAUUCCACGAUGUGGACAUGUUCCCACAAGAUGAUCACAACUCAUACGGAUGCCCGACAACACCUAGACAUAUCGGGGCGUUUGUGAGUACUCUGGGAUAUCAAUUAUGGUAUAAAGAGAUAGUUGGUGGAGUGUUGGCGAUAAAUAUGGAUGAUUAUCGAUCAGUGAAUGGUUAUUCGAAUAUGUAUUGGGCAUGGGGUGGAGAGGACGAUGAUAUGGGGAAACGAAUUCUGUCACGAAAUCUGACGAUCGAAAGACCUGAUCCAAAAACGGGCAGGUUUUCAAUGUUGAAACAUGUGAAGAGGAAACGUACUGCACCAAGGCUUAUAUAUAGAUUGUUGGAUUCAGCGGAUACGAGGUGGCAAACAGAUGGAUUGAAUGUGACCUCGUGGAAGAUUGCUAAGCUGUCUGUUCGUCCACUUUAUUAUCAUUUAUAUGUGGAUGUUGGUACGCCACCGCCUGAAUGGAGAGCAUCCUAG